AGGGGAGGCUUGGUCUUGGGGCAGGGAGCAGAGGACCUGAUAACCAUCUCAAGACUAGGCAGCUAUCCAGCUACCCAGAACCUCUCUCUGAGACACUAUCCAUGACCCCCUGAUUCCAAGCAUGAGAAAUAGAAGCUCCAUCCACCUCGCGUUAUGGUUCUUGGUUCUUGCUUCGUGCAGGGCUGCACCUGGACCCUCAUUUUCCCCAACCCCGGAGGCCCUGGAGGUCCCACAGGUCCCGGAUGUCAAGGUUAGCCAGUGCCCCCGGGGCUCUCAGCCUUGGCACGUCUCACUCUUCAAGGGCCUCUCCUUCCGCUGCUCUGGAGUCUUGGUGGAUCGCAGCUGGGUAUUAACCGCAGCCCACUGCCAGGAAAGAUGGCUCUGGGCCAAAGUUGGUGACUACCAUCUGCUACUCCCUGAUGGAGGUGAACAGCUCAAGAUCAGCUCCCUUAUGAUCCCCUACCCCAAGUACAGGGCAGGUUCUGGCCCCUCCCUGCCUGCCCGCACAGAUGAGCACGACCUCCUCAUGAUGAAACUUCGGCAACCAGCCAUCCUGGGGCCUCGGGUCCAGGUUUUGCCUUUGCCCAGGUUCUGUGUCCCACCAGGGACUCACUGCCAGGCUGCAGGCUGGGGGACUACCAGCCAACCCAAAGUGAAAUACAGUAGGAGCCUGUCCUGUGCAGGAGUCACUACUCUAUCACCCAAGGAGUGUGCGACUUUCUACCCUGGGGUGCUUUCGAACAAUAUGCUAUGUGCUGGAUUGGACAAUGGCCAGGAUGCCUGUCAGAGUGACUCUGGAGGUCCACUGAUCUGCAACGGAACCCUUCAGGGCAUCAUGUCUUGGGGUGAUUACCCCUGUGGUUCAGCUCAACGGCCAGCUGUCUAUACUUGGAUUUGUAAAUAUACUUCCUGGAUUCAGAAGGUCAUUCGGAGCCACUGACCCCCCCCCCCAUCCUCUACAAUCUUCCCAAUAAUCUUGUGACCCUCAUGUCUUCUGUUCUCAUCCAGAACUUGAGGAUUUGGCCCUACAGCUUUCUGCCCAGUCUAGCUCUUGCUUGUCUGAGGAUGCAGGGAAUCCUCAGCUCUCCAAGCUCAUAUUCUUUCCCCUCAAAAAAAAAAAAAGCAGGGAUCUGGGCCCCCUCCAUAGCCUUUCUCUCUUAGACUCAAAGGUCUGGUCUCCUAGAUCCCAUGCCCUUGAAUAACUGGGGCAUCCAAGCUCUCUUGUUCUAUUUCAGUGAAAUGGUCAAGCAUUGAUUCCCAAAGAUACUAGUCCAUUUAAGAGAAUUAUCCUGAUCAUUAAUCUACCUAGGAAAGUGAUGGCUAACCUUUUAAAGAUGGAAUGCUGGGCCCUGCUCCCCUCCCCACACCAGACAGAGUGCCAUGCCUUCCCCCUGCCGGAUACACCCUGCUCCUCCUACUUACCCCAUACAGUAGAGGAAGAAAGUGCUUCCAUUGGGCUGCUAGGCAGAGGGGUGGGUGAAGUGAGGAAUAUCCCCAGCAAGUGUAGAGAGAGGGAGGGGAGUGUCCUGAGCACUCUUCUCCCCUCCAGCUCCUCUGCCUGUGAGCUGCCCACCUUAAUUCCUAUGUGCUUCCAUUGGGAUACCGUAUAGAGGGGUGGGGGAUAUGAAAAAAAUGUUAUCAGGCAUGGUGGAGAGGAGGAAGAGAGUAGCUCCACGGAGUCCCUCUUCCUUUCUAGUAACACACUCUUGGGGGGUGGGGGACAAGUGCUCACAGAAAGCACUCUGCAUGCCAUCUUUGGUAACCAUGCCAUGGGUUCACCAUCACUGACCUAGGACUUCAGUAACAGCUGCACUCCUCCUUUGGGAGUUUUAGGGCAGGCACCUUAUCUCCAACCACUUCCUCUCUCUUCCAAUCUCCAGUUUCCUGGUCUUACUCAAUAACCAUUCCACCUGUCAGAACAGAAUUCUAAAUCACCUGGAGACCUAAAAACCCCUCCUCCCCACUUCAGCCUCUUCAUAUUCUUCACCACCCCAACUCUUAGGGUCAGUCAGAGCAUCCUUGGAAACAUUUUUGAAGCAAACAUCUUCAAAGACUUUUUGUAGGAUUCUUGGAAAUUGGGAGAUGAGACCCUUUAUAAAAGUCAAUUUCCCUACAAAUUCCUCACAUUUUGGAGCAUUAGUUUUCUAAUACAUUCUUGAGAUCUUCUCAAAUGAGUUGGUUUUUUGCCUGACCAAGAUUUUGAAUGUGAUGGGUGAAA